GCAUGCAAUCACUUCUCUUCCCAACACGUCAUUUACAUACCGACUAGCAACAAGUGAAAAGCGCGGGAAUUAUACUCUCUAUCUGCAUGGAGAUUGGUAAAAUAAAGGUUAUUAGACACGCAUUAAGUUGAUAUCUGUUUAUCAUUUUGAAACCAACUCGGAAGGAAAUUCGACCUAUAUGCGACACAACUAUUGUUUCAGUGAUUGAACUAGAAAGGGUAUCGGGAGAAUAUUUUUGAGAUUACAUGUCAGUGACUGAUAUACUUUACUGUGCAUCAUAUUACUUGUGAAAUCACAGGAUUUAGAGUCAACGUCAGCUCAACAUCGUUUAGAAUUCCUCAGCGGACGGGGGUGAUGUGAAUCGUAUUUUGGAGAAUUUUACAAGCCUUUAUUACAAAAUAAUCUUCAUGAUGAGAACUCUAGAAAGAAGGAAGAAAACAUGCAGGAAAGAAUCUCUUUUAAAUACUUCCGGACUUCUAACAGAAGAAACGUUACAGGACAGACUGAUCAAAACAGAUGAAAGAGAAAAUUUCAAGAGGAGAACAAUCAUCGUAGAGAAGCAACUUGGAACGUUUGGUUUCGAGCUACAGACGUAUGCUAUACAUCACAAAGGCCGGAAUGAAGUAGAGCUUUGUACCUAUGUUUGUGAUGUUCAUCCUGAUGGGCCAGCAUACCUAUCUGGAAUGAGAGCAGGUGACAUCAUUCUCUCUGUGAAUGGUAUCUGUGUAGAGCGAGCAUCGCACGAGACUAUCGUCCACCUCAUCACCGUCUCCCCAAACGCUCUCAGACUGGUACUCCUCUUUGAAGACUGUGUAAAGAAAGUGGAACACAACAAAAAGCUCGUAAAAUUAAAGAGAAUGCUCUACGAUAAGAAGCUGGCAUAUCGCGCCCUCCAAGCCCAAGAGAAGAGGGUGAUGCUAGGGCUAGCUAGAUACGAACUCAAUAGCAUGACAUCGCUAGCCUCUGAUGACAGCGGUUUCUACUCAUCCCCUGGCUCGUCACAGCUAAGCAGCAAGUCACAGUCUAUGAGCUCCAUCAGUUCAGGAGGAUUCAACUUAUCCCAGAUUCCUGGCAACGAGAGUCUAGAACAAAUUGCGCUUUUGGACGUCUAAGAGCUUUUGGAAAUGGACAUGGCGUUGUGAAACGUUGCUCAAAGAUGAACUGAUUGACUGUGCCAGUCAUAUGAAUGAUAAACGCAGGACUGAACAUAUUGUAGAAGACUUUGCUUUGAUAGACAUGACACGAACGUUUGAUGAGGUCCAAAAUAUGACAAAAUGACGUCGACCAUCGUUCUUUACGACACGCAUAACCAUGAUAACAGUAACAAGAAAUAUCAAGCCAGGACAUUGAAGAUACCACUCGCUUCCUCUCUAUGCAUGCAUAUGAUAACUUAUCCAAGUUAAAAGAAUGCUCGCUUUCAUAAACCAGGGUUGAUCUAAUUACUCUUGGAAUUUAGAAGCUGGAAAUAUUCAACUAGCAGUGACUAGUGGCAGAUGUCUAGUCCUCACGUUCUCUCUUUUAUUUUCUCUCCAAGAGCAAGCCCCCCCCCCCCCCCCCUGACUACGUCACUCAUUGCCUCUUCAUCUGAGUGUAAUCGUGUACCUGUUUGUUUGGGAAAUCAUAUGCUUACAUGUUAGAACUAGUCUUCUAAACUUUAUGGAAAGGUUUCCUGGACGAUGACCAAAUUGAACCCAGUGAAGUUGGCCCAUAAUGAAGAUUAAUGAAUAUGUAUGAGGAGAGAAGCCUGGUCGUUUGCUACCGUAGAUGGUGCAAUAUACGUUUGAAAUUGGAGGCUCAUGGAGUAUAAUGGGCAUGAUGAUCACUGAUCUCUCCGAUUAUAUUUUUCUUCAUAGAUAUGUCAUUGAUAUACAUAAUAUUAUACUUCAGCUUUGUUGUAGUUUUUCAUGAUACUCAACUUGUAAACAGUAUUGUAAUA